GAUCCAUCAUUGACUGGUGUUGUGCAAGAACAUUUCGAGGCCAUUGCUCUUCUACGAAUGAAAGACAUGGUCAGCGAAGUAAGGACAUCUCGGCAGCAGCCUAAUUGGAUAGGCGACACACUCUGGAAACUAAUGACCGACUAUUGGGACACUGACGCUGCGGUUGCAAAGAGUGCUACAGCAUCAGCAUCUAGAAUGUCUGACCUUCAAGGUCUUGGCUUUCACACACAUAACUCUGGCCAGAAGUCUUAUAUGCAGCUCCACCAAGAGAUGGUUGUUGAAUUGGGAAGACCAGUGAGCUUUGGUGAAGUAUUCAUCAGAGCUCAUACAAAGUCAGAUGGAACCUUUAGUGAUUUCAAAGCUAAACAAGUUAUUGAGGCUUUCAAGAAGCAAAAAGAAGCUAAGUUGGCCACCCUUGAGACUGAUGAUCACACCGAGACUGGGCAGCAUCCACCACUAUCAAUAGAAGAGGAGAAUGAGCUGUUUAUUCAGGCCACUUUCACCAAUGACAGGGGGCAAAUUUAUGGCCUUGGAAGCUUGAAGAACCAACUUAAUGAAGUGGCAUAUGACUCAAGAAGCUUGUCCUCUUUCAUCCAAAUGCAACAGCAACUUGAAGAAGCUCAACGUCAAAUCAAAGAACAAGCUGCUCUUCUUGCAAAGGCUGAGGAAGAUCGUGCCCAAGCUGCUGCUGCUGCGGCAAUGGUUGAGGAAGAGCGUUCCAGAGUUAUAGCUACUCAGCAAGCUACGAUCGAUGAGUUGUUAAUGGUUCGGAAGUACAUCGCCACCACAGACCAGAGAUUCUUGGACUUCAUCUCCAAAGAAACAGCUUCAUCUGAUCCCCAUCAUGUUUAGGUCUUUCCCUUCUCCUAUGUGAAAAACUACCUUUUGGAUGUGUGAAACUUGUAAACUCUUUGGAGUUCUUUCUGUUUGAAACUUGAAUACUCCUAACUUAUGGAGUUCUUUUGUUUGUGUAUGGUAUUUAAAACUUUUAUGAUUUCAAAAUCGUUUUUAGUAGUACUAAUAGCAGAUUUAAAUAACAAAUCAUGGACAAGAAAAACAAUACACCAAAAUCAUAUAUUUAACAGCCAAAAAAAUAUGGUAAUUACUCGCAUAUCAGUCGCGAAAUCAGUCGUAAAUUUUAAGCAUUUCAGUCGCUAAUCAGUCGUGAUUCAGUAGCAGUAAUAUACCGACUGUUUUCCUACAGAGAUAAUUAGUCACUAAGUCAGUCGUGUAAUCAGUCGCUAAAUGCAGUCGUUAAACUCAGUCGUUAAAUUCAGUCGCUAAACGCAGUCGUUAAAUUCAGUCAGUAAGCCGUCGUUGAAUAGUCACUAAAUAAGUCGUAAAUCAGUCGCCAAAUGCCCUACUAAUUACCGACUGAAGUUACGACUGAUCAUAAUAGUCGUCAAACAGUCGCUAAAUACCGACUGUUUUACGACUAAAAUAUUUAGCGACGAGGUAUAUUACGACGACUCUUAUCAGUCGUUAAUCAGUCGGAAAUGACCAUUUACCGACUGAAUACCGACUAAUACCGUAGUCGGAAACGACCUGUUUUCUUGUAGUGUUUGAAGUCAAAAUGUGGCUUCGGCUCAUGUAACAAUGACAAGGUAGAUGAUGGAUGAUCAGUGAUGUCAGCUUCCUCUGGCUCCCACAACGCCACAGAUAUCUUGCGAACAAAACAAAAGAGAUAUAAAAACUCAGAAACAAUAAUAAGUUACAUUAGAGGGGAAGCUUGUGCACUCAAUGGAGAUAAUUGAGUGACCCUCUUGCCGUUGUUUGGAGUUUCUCAAACUUUUGAAUUCUUUCACAAGGUAGAUAAAUGUGCCAAGAAACCCUAAUUUGUCAAAAAGUCCUACAGUAAAUUUUUUUACCACGAAAACCUAGUGAUCACGAUUUUCUCCUUUUCACUGAAAGUUUUGAAAAUGUUUUGUUUCUGAAAUGGGUCGUAGCUGCGAGAGAGAAGAUUUGUAAAGAAGAAGAAAGUAGUCGUUUUUUUUUUGCUUCCUGAUAUGAAUUAUAUUGUAUGUAUUUCUAAGAAUAGUUUGAUAAGUAUGUUUGGUAUUUCUAAGAAGAUUGGAACAUAAGUACGAAGGGUUUUGUGUUUUGUCUAAUGUUAACUCUUUGUGAUUGGAGUAUAGGAGUUUAUAGUGUUGUGACUUUUGAAGCUAAAGACUGGCAAAUGGUGUAACUUUUGGAACAAAAUUGACUUUCUUUACUUUUCUUUUUACACUAGGAAUAACAUUUCAUCAUAAAGAAAGACCAUUACACCACUAUAAAGAAGAACAAGAAUAACUCUCAAUCGGCUAACUACCGAACACAAAAGCAAACCACCAAGCUCACUUACAUAAAAAAAGAAAGAUGAGAGCCAACAAGGGAAGCCAUGAGCCACAUAGCGAAAUUCUUAUCAAUCACACUUUUUGCAAUAAAUAAGGGACCACUAAGCUGUUUGGAGACAUUUUUCCAGCUUCCACUGAUCCAAAGACGCCAAGAACCAAUAAUCUUACUCGACAACCACCUAAAUGAUAGCCAAGCUGGCGAUCUAGUCACUGCACUCAACAAGUAUGAGGGUUAACUCCAUAAACAAUUUUUGAAAAAUAAGACUUUACAUACUUCCAGUUGCCCAAAUCCAUCCAUUUCCAUGAGCCUCCACAUUAGACCUGAUAUUCAUGAAAGAGA